UUUGGCUUUUGGCGUUGGCAAAUUUUAAAACUAAACAUCUUUGUUUAAAUUUUUUAAAACAUGAGUGCUGCCGCUGUCGUUCUUUUUGCGUGCUCUCGCUGCUUUGCUCGACAUCCGUUUGAAGAUUUAUCUCCAGGACAACAACUUUGUAAAGAGUGCCGCGGGGCUUUUCCAGUAGUUAAAUGCACUUAUUGUCGUUCGGAAUUUCAACAGACCUCCAAAGGAAAUACUAGUACAAUUUGUAAAAAGUGUGAACAGAACGUUAAAUCUUACGGAAAGCCAACUGCUUGUGAGUAUUGCAACAUCAUAGCUGCGUUCAUUGGAAAUAAAUGUCAAAGGUGCACAAAUUCAGAAAUUAAAUAUGGUCCUCCAGUCAACUGUGAACAGUGCAAGCAAAAGUGUGCUUUUGAUAGACACGAUGAUGAUAAAAAGGUUGAUGGCAAGCUUUUAUGUUGGUUAUGUACUCUUUCAUAUAAAAGGGCAUUGGCUAAAACAAAACAAGGAGAUGCUGAAAGAAGGCACCUAAAAAUGGCCCAGUUGCACAAGAAACAUAAAGAUAAGCCUCGAAGCCAUAACAAACGGCCAAAUCGUCCAGAUGUUACAAAAAUACCACCACCGGAAGAUGUGCCUCCAAUCAAAAUUGCCCGCAAUAACUCCGGCGGACCAGGAAGAGGAGACCUUGAUCCAAAUAGUUCAGAUCAUGUAGUUGCGAUGACACAACUUAAAGAGCAAAUUGCCAGCCUUCAAAAACAGUUAUCCCAGAAGAAUGCGGAGCUACUCAACAAAGAUAAAACGAUAACAGAAUUGAAAGCCACAAACUUCACAACUGAGAAUGAGCUGAGACAAAGAUUAAAAAACAUCCAAAAAGAACAUGAAGAUAAGGUAGAUGGCUUGAAUACCAAAAUACAAAAUUAUCUCAAAGAAAUUGCGAGCCUGUCUAAGUCCGCCAAAAAAGGAAACAAAAAUGCUUCAUUGUCAGUCAACAACACUACCGCUGACAACAGCAGUGGAACGGACAGUCCGAGUAUACAAUAAUUUGUAUGCGAAACCACAUGUUGAUAAUUUACUGAUAUCAUUUUGGAGAAAAUAUCCUAUUUUUAAAUUGUGAUGCGAUGAAUGUACUUCUUGAUGGGAGUGACAAAUUAAACAGAACUUUUGGUAAAAUUGUUUUGAAAGUAUUUUCAUAUACUUGUAACAUAAUAAACCAAAAAAGUUUUUGAUGCCCAACCAUCUUAUGGAACAUUCUUACUUUUAAUUUAUUUAUUUUGACAAAACUAUUUUUGUAAAUCAAUUGUGUCUAUUUUAGUUUUUGUAAUGUAAGGUGUUAAAAAAUAAAAAUCAAAUACAAAUACUAUUGUUUUAUUAGAUUUAUACAACAUCGAUCAAUUGAGCAAAACUGGCUUAUUUUGCCCAAUUUAAGGCUUCACGGAAGACAGUGUUAUACAUAAAACCAUUAAUAAUAACGAAAAAUAUAUAAAAACAGUUAAAAAAAACCAGUGUAAACAAUUUAACAAACUGGUAGUUAACAAGUAAACUUUAAUCAACGAUAAUCCAAUUAAAAUACUAACUAUAGUAGUGCCCCUGUAUCCGCGUUGUUACGGUGUGACUAAAAAAUAAAGCGUAUUCGUUUGGGUAUGGCAUUUUGAGAUAAUCGAAAUUAUAUCAUCUAACAGUACCGAAAUUUAGUUAAGAAAUUAUCUAUUUCCAAGCAAUAAAAUAAUUUCGACAAUAUUGCUCAAUAUUGCUUGUAAUUGCAAUAAAUCCCAAAAAUUGUUAUUAUCCUAAUCAUAAGUUAAAAGUACUUUUUACCUGCGUUUAAUUAUGCAGGUAAUUAAAAAGAUUUCUAUCAUACACUGGAUCCGAAGUACUUGUACAAGAAUAUACGAUUUAUACAAAGUGACGUCACUUGUAUUUAAAAUUUCCAGAACAUCUACGUUAUACUUCAAAUUUUCCUAACACAGCUAAUAAUAGGAAACCCAUACGGAACUGCCCGAUCUUUCAUAGGCGUCAACAUGGUGUAAUAAUCAGAAAAAUAUAAUCAUCAUUAUAUUGGAAAUUUUAGAAUUAUAUUGAUAAAAUAACCAAAAACAUUUAUUAUAUUAUAUAAAUUUUAUGAAAUAACUCUUGAAGUCUAAUAUUCCAAAAUAAUAAUUUUAAUUAAAUAUAUUAGACAAUUGUACGCAACUGAUACGGAAAUACAUAAAAUAUUAUUGACAGUUCAGCGGGUCGCAAAAGUGUAUAAAGUGUUGCCGCUUUUUUAGAGUAGAGUAGAAAUUUUGUUUACGUUUUGAUUUCUUACACAAUUUGAUCAUAAUAUAAUAUAUAUUAAUAAAUUGUAUUUAUAAAUACAUUUUAAAUUUAGAUUAAUAGCUUUCAUAUAAGAUAGAUUAUUUUGAACAAGAAAUAAUGGCGGGACCUUUUUGUUAUUACAAGAGGUAAGUUUAAAAUUUAGAAUAUAUAAUUUUGUAUUAAAAUGUUUUCUUAUGUAUUUUAAUGUGUUGCAGUAUGAUGUUUUGCAACAACGCUGUGCAGAUACGGGAGCAUUAAUAUAUUACAUAAAACAUUUUUACUUAGUAAUUACUAAUCCCCGCCUUAGAAAAUUCCUAAUUUUAUUGUAAAAUUUAUUUAAGAAAGUUAGCCUCAAAUUUGGAAAUUUCAGUUGCCUUGAGUAAUUACUAAAAAUUAUUAUUUAAUUAUCUAAAAUAUUUAGUAUUUGGAAUGGCAAGAUAACUUGUUUAAAAGUAACUGUUUUGCUAUUAGUUAACCAGAUUGAAUCGUUAGCAGUAGCAGUUGUCUAACUUUGUACAUCUAACUUUGUACGUCUAACUUUGAAUAUUGCAUUGGAUAGACCAGAAAAUAAUCAUGGCAUUGAUCAAAAUUAGUAUAUAUUGUAUACAGAUCUAAAAAAAACAUGUAAAUCAGAUAACGACAUGAUUAUGAUAAUCCCUUUUACAAUCAUAUCCAGUAUACUGGUAUAUCCAGGUUACUGAACACUGAAAAAUUAACAUAAAAAAAUUAUUCCUGCUUUUAUAUGCUUGGACAAAAACUUCCCAAUGGAUUCUGACUCCAAACGAAAAGAGAUUAAAUUAAAUCAUUAAAAACAAAAAUAAUCCAAAAAUAGAAAUAUUCGGAAAUGUAUGUCACAAAUGAUAGUAAAAUGUGUAAAACAAUCUAUGGUGCAGGCUUAUCCUCACUAUGAAGAAGAUUCAUGAUUAUUAUGGUUAUAUGCUAUGGAUUCAGAAUGAUAAAAAGGUUGUUCAUGGCAGAAAUGUUGUUUUGAUGAACAUAUGUCAAACCCAGAUGAAAGGGGAAUUGAUUUAGACCAAACACCAACAUGAGGAAGAGGAUAACUCAAAAACAAUGCAACAUAAGGGCGAAGAAAUGUGUAGAAGCACAAAAAUAAGAUGACCCCUAACUUACAAGAGUAAACCAAUACUGCAUUUGAUAAUGAAGCCAACUUUGCAGCAGACUCCAUGGGGCAUCUUUUAUCUGAUGUUCCACUGUCUUAUGAAGAUGCAAUACAACUGGGAGAUGAUUGGAAAAAGGCAAUGGAUAAUAAGCAGAAUGCCUUAGAGGAAAAUACUACAUGUGAGUUAGUACCAUAUCCAAAAAAUGGAAAGGUCAUUGACAAAAAGUAGGUUUUUCGGUUUUUUGUGGAUGGACAAGUGUAAAAGAAAGCAAGACCACAUAGGAUUCAUUGUCUGAAGAAGUUUAUUCUCCAGUACCAAGAAGCUAACCUUAAGGGUAUCACUAUUAUAACUUUGACGGUAUACAAGGCAACUAUCGAACACAGUGAUUAAUUUAAUCUUGCCCAAGUACUUUCGAUCAAUAGAUCAUCUUCAGGGGCAUUUCGUCAGUUGUGGCCUAUCCGACAUGAGUAGAAUGUCAUACAUGUAAAUUUGGACGUAACAAUACAAUACACAAAGACAAACAAACACUUUAAAAAUUUUAAAAAGGAGAAGCUUCAUGUUAUAUAGAAGCCGGAGAAUUAUUAAUAAUAAACUAUUAUAUAUGUUAAACAUAAUUGGAAUGUUAUUCAGCUAGAUGUAAAGUCAGCAACUUUAAAUGAAUAUUGCCAAAUUCUGUAAGAUCCUGUAAUAUACGUACAUUACAUAAGCUCCCCGUUACCGAUGAUCAUAUUUGCCGCAGUUUCAGACCAAACGCUGGGAAUAAAUACUUCCAUACCACGACCUAUAAACCCCGAAUACAAUUUAACAUUAAAAAACACCGGCCGUGAAAGCCGGUACUACUUGAUCCUUGAAAUGGUUGUAAUGACGUUUGAAAUAAUCAAAUAUCGAGAAACGUCAAAAUGAAAAAAGGAGAAAAGUUGCAAACAAGCUGGUAUAUUCGCUCCGGGCGUGACCAUGGUAGGGGUACAUUGAAACGAUGCCAGCGUGCGUAGCGGCGAAAUAUGACAAAAUUGGAAUAUUGGACAAAAUAUUUUUACGCAUAAGUUUUAUCAAAAAUGUGUGCAAAUACAUGUUGCGUAUUUAAUUCUGCUAAUAAUAGCAAAAACAGUGAGUGUAGUUUUUAUAGGUUCCCAAAGAUUACAUAUAAAUUAGGGAAAAGAAAAAGAUAAAUUCGUGCUAUUAAUAUGAAAAAGUAAAUAUCACAUAAUUUCAUUUUUAUGCAAUUGAAAUAGGAACAAUUUAAAUAAUUUACCUUGAAUGAUAUUUCAUAAGGCUUCAAUCUAGCUGCAGAUGACUUUAGCUUUUAUAUCAUAACUUUUACUAUUAUUGUUUUUAAUUAUAUGCUCUUUUGCGUGAAAAACUUGAUUUACUAGUACUAGAUUUUUCGCUUUCUUUUCCGUUUGGAGUUGAAAAGAUAUAUUAUGAUGAAUUUUGAGAAACUCAGUUUUUAAUACUACAUUUAUUUUGUACAUAAACUGAAAAAAUAUAGUUAAAAAACUAAUUUAUUAAUAAUUGUCAAUUUCGCAUGUAUUUAACAAUUUCAAACAUAUGUCAUAUAUUUAACCUGAAAAUUGGGACUCCAAAAUUGUCAGAUGAAGGCGGUAGGUCUCGCAUCAGUCACGCACGGAGCGAAUACGCAUUAGAGAAAAAAUUUAGAAGCUGAUGUCUGGCAAAUCAUAUAUACAUGGUCACAUGUCUACAUCGGCCACACUAUUAUAGGUUAGGUCUAUAAAUUAUGAGAAAAUUUAAAAAACGCCUGAAAAGGAAUCAUGUAAGAUCUAAUUUACCUUUAUAACAAAAAAUUGCUUACAUUAAACCCAACAAACUGCCUAAUGAACGAGUAAGUCUGGCAUACGAAGCUCGUAAUUCCCUUAAAAAGUCUAAAAUAACACAUGAAAGCUCGUAAAAUAUGUUUUAUUUCAAUAAUUGUAUUCAAGUAAAGAACUAAGGAGAUCAUUGUUAUGAAUACAAUAUAAACUUAACCACAAAGUUUUGCACCACCUAAAAUUAUGCUUAAUUGAUAGAAUUUCUCGUGAACGGAUUCAACAAUUAUUCAUUUUCGACUUUUUCUUUAUUAUUUACACUGUUG